GGGGCUGUUCCUGUGGGGUACGAGUUCUGCGGGGAUGGAAGAUCCUUCAUCUGAGUGGUGGGAGGGCAGGAAAAGUGAGGUGUGGGGGGGGAUCAAGUACGCCAGACUUAUUCGCAGGUGUGGAGCAGUCGUGGUUGUGUGUUUGGGGGACACUUGUGCGGGUUUGCGUUCAGACGUGCUCUGCGUGCCGUGUUCUCCCGAGGUGGGAAGAAGGCAGCAGGUGCCUCUUAGGGAGGCGUCUUCACGUGCACUUCGCAGGACUGGAUUCCUCCUCCCCCCCUCCUCAGGAGAGCCGAGGGACUAUAUUUCCACAGGCGCGCGCGGACGGAUACGGGAUCGAAGCGCACGGUCGGUCUGCCCCCCCCCCCCAAUUUGGCGGGAUGCGAGGUGGCGAGCCGUUUCUGUUUAUUUAUUUAUUUCGAAAGAGCGCGCUCCCGCCCAACGGCUGCGCGCGCUCCUUGAAGGAGGUGCGCGACAGAAUGGAACAGCGACAGGGGGAGGAAGGCGAGAGAGAGUGUGCGCGCGCGCGCGGUGACCGCGAAGCAAGAAUGAAUGGGCCGCGGCGGUAGCGGGAGGAGGGGAGCGCUCUCCUGAGAAGAGCCGAGCCAGAGGGAGGGUAAAAGGAACAGCGCCCCCUUCCGGAGCCGGAGAAAGGCAGGAAGAGGCGGAGGGGGGUUGCGCUGGAGGGAAGAGCCAGGCAGCAGCGCCGGCAGCAGCGUUCCAAUCGCAGCAGAGGGAGGCGCUCUGGAAGAGCCUGGCCCAGGGAGCCAAAGUGAAGGCUGCGGGAGCCCCCAGCAGCAGGAAGGAGCAGCCAGCCAGCUAGCCGCCCCGAGAAGCAGCCGCCACCGCAGCCCUGGCUGGAAGGGACCUUGGAGGGAGCAGGCAGGCGGGCGGCGGCAGAGCUGCGGCAGGAGGAGGAGGAGGAGGUUGGAGCGAGCCUGAACCAGAGCCGGGCCCAGUGGAAGCGAUGGAUCGGAAGAGGUGGGAGUGCUCUGCCCUCCCGCAGGGAUGGAAAAGGGAAGAAGUGACCAGGAAAUCGGGGCUCUCCGCCGGCAAGAGCGAUGUCUAUUAUUAUAGCCCAAGCGGGAAGAAAUUCCGCAGCAAGCCCCAGCUGGCCCGCUACCUGGGGAACUCCAUGGACUUGAGCACGUUUGACUUCCGCACGGGGAAGAUGCUGAUGAGCAAAGUGAACAAGAACCGGCAGCGGAUGCGCUACGACUGUUCCAGCCAGGCCAAGGGCAAGCCAGAUUUGAACACAGCCCUCCCUGUCAGACAGACAGCUUCAAUCUUCAAACAGCCUGUCACAAAAAUCACAAACCACCCCAGUAAUAAGGUGAAGACUGACCCCCAAAAGGCAGUUGACCAGCCCCGCCAGCUCUUUUGGGAGAAGAAGCUCAGCGGGCUGAAUGCCUUUGAUAUUGCAGAGGAGCUGGUGAAAACGAUGGACCUUCCGAAGGGGUUGCAAGGCGUGGGGCCCGGCUGUACCGACGAGACCCUCCUUUCUGCCAUCGCCAGCGCCUUGCACACCAGCACGAUGCCCAUCACUGGGCAGCUUUCUGCUGCAGUGGAGAAGAAUCCGGGCGUCUGGCUGAACACCUCGCAGCCCCUCUGCAAAGCCUUCAUGGUGACGGAUGAAGACAUCAGGAAACAGGAGGAGCUCGUUCAGCAGGUGCGGAAGAGACUGGAAGAAGCACUCAUGGCAGACAUGCUUGCCCAUGUGGAGGAGAUCGCGAGGGACGGUGAGGCCCCUACGGAGAAGACAGGGGGUGACGAAGAUGGGGAGGAGGAAGAGGAGGAGGAGGAAGAGGAUCCGGACCGCAGCCAGGAGAUGGAGAGUGUAUAGUCCAGGUAGCUCCGCCUGAGAAUUCAAGCCGCGACCCCGUCCGCACAGAGCUAAGCGUGUCUUCGGCCCACAUGGCUUGCUGGCUACACACAGCCGUGUGAGUGUGUGCGUGGUGUGUGAGUGUGUGUUGACGUCUCCUCGCAGGAAGCGUUGAGAAGCAGCUCCGUAGAUGCUGGGUAGUUCUGAAGAAGGACUUUACUAAACAAAUCCUUGUGUUCUCCCCCGGCCCCCAAUACCCCCCCCCCUUCCUUCAAAGUUUGUUUUUCUUUGUUAGCAAGGAAGGGGAAUGCUUCAAAGAGCUACGUGAAAUCAGUCCAGAAACGAAGUGAGGGGUUAGUGAUAGCGUAUGAGCGGGAUUCUCCAAUCUCACUAACUGCACCACCCCACACGUGUCCCCCAAGCCAAUUCCCCCCCUCUUGGUUUAACUCCUCCUUCUCUUCCCCCCCCCACCCCCCGCCAGAGAAUGAUGCAAAGAACUUCUGAGCCUCCCUUUCCUCCUUGGUACCCUGUGUGCCGGGUCAUUUUUGAGUUGUAAAUAAUCAAUUCUGUAUGUGAAAUCUUGCGUUGAAACUAAGUUUUCGUAUUGUUCUUUGGGAACCAGGGCGGGGGGGUGGUGGUUUCUGACUGGCAGGUUACUUUCCUUGAACAAAAAAAAAAAUCGCAGAGGUAAAAGGUGCCUUCCCAGGCUGGGGUGGGCCUGGGGGAGCUGAGCUCCCGAGUAAUCGGCUGUCCCAAGUUUCAAUCAACCCCCGAGCCCUUUCCAAAAUAACUGUAGACUUUGGCAAUGGACAUGGAAUGCAGAACUGCCUCGAGUCUGUGCAGAGUUCUCCAAGUGCAAAUGGCUUUUACGGAAGCUUCAGAGUCCAUUAGAGAGAGAAUACUUGGGCAGGCCUGCUCAACUUAGCCCCCCCCCCCACUGUUUUUGGACUACAACUCCCAUAACCAGAGGGAGUUGCAGAGGUUGGGGGCUAGGAAACAGGGUCCCUGUUCCUGCCGUUAUCUGUGUGUCUUGGAUUCAAUCAUGGGAGCCUUUGUCUCACACUAUCAAAUGCCUUUUCUCCUUCUUCAAGGAUCAAAGAGAAUAUGUCCCUGAGUGGGGAUCUUGACCAAGCUAGUUGUGAAAAAGCAGAAAUUUCCUUCAUGUCAUCUAGAGGUAGGCAACCUUGCGCCCCCCCCCCCCCGCUGUUGCUGGACUACAACUCCCAUCCUCCCCUGCUGCUAUAAAUUGGAACUGGGGAUGGUGGGAGUUGUAAGCUGGAGGCCCACGGUUGUCUCCCCCUGAAAAUAGUCUGUCCAUACAAGCAGAAUGAGGAGGCGAUAAUGCUCAGCAAAAGGGGAAAGUACCUGCUCACACUGAACGGGGAGGGUGCUUUUAAUGCUACCUUUUGAGUGUGUGUUUUUAAAAAGCCUCGUUGCAAAUUAAGAAGAAAAAAGUUAAGUUCUAACCCUGCCCUCUGCUUGGUGUGCUGCUUGUCUAUUUGCAGGGAGUUUGGGGGCAAUAGCAGUUUCCUGCAGCCAGUACUUUCUGUAACAGGGAUUCUCAGGUGUUGACUACAACUCCCAUCAUCCCCAGCUGCAACCGUCUUUGGCUGGGGAUGAUGGGAGUUGUAGUCAACAUCUGGGAAUCCCUGUUAUAGAGGGAACACAGCCCCCAGCCUACACUCUCAACGGGUGCCUUCCCUUCUGCUGCCUCAUUCUGCCCGUGUGUCCCAGGCCUUCGUUUGGCAUAACUUGGGUUGGCAUGGAGGGGGUACCUUGAGGCACAGAACUUCAAAGAUGAUAUUGGGGGUAUCCCUCUGUGUGUGUACACACGCCUCUUCCCCUCCUUCCAAAAAUCACAAGAGUGUCUUGCACCCUCGAGACCUCAAGGAGGCAGUGGUUGGCUUGAAGCCUUCUACUCUAGAGCAGUCACACGAGUUUCCCAUCAUCCUGUGUCUCAGUAAAACAGAUCCGAGGGUGUUUGGCGCAGAAUGCAAGCAGAGACAGGUUUGCUUGGGGGGAACCCCAGCCCCCACCCCCAGCCUCAUCUGGUUUUCCUUCUGUCUCCUGCCUCUGGAUUUGUCUCUUGCACCUGACUUUCUGGCCCUAGGUCCUGGUUUUGCUUUUUGUUUUGAUUGCCGAGCUUAAACAGUGGGAGUGUUCCUGUUCUGGGGGGGCUGCAGCUGGUGUGUGGGUCCCCCAGAUAGCUGCCUUUGAGACCUCUAAAACUGGGGGGGGGUGGCAGAAAGAGGGGUCCUCCCUGGACUGCUUCUCCACCAGCCUUUGAAGCAAGCAACUUCCUGCUCCAGUUCGCUGGAUGAUGUUCAGAUUUUUGAAUCUGUCCACGUCAUCCGUAUGAGCCCUUUGAAUUUCCUCCCCGCGUGCUUCCACUUCCCCACGGCCCACUGCCUGUCCGGAAUCUGGCCAGGCAGAUAACCCUGGGCUGGUCCUCCCCAAGAGCCUCUCUGCACACCUGCUUUUGUCCACUGUACAUCGCAUGUGGGCAAGCACAGGUUUGCACGGUGGCGUUCCCUGGCCUCGAUGCUGCUCGCAGGCCCAAACAUGUGAACACUUGGUUGGCUUUCCUGGUGGCCAGACCAGCCUGCGAUUUUGAAAGAUGAAAUGACUUCCUCACCAGGCUGACGUUAACUUUUGGAGAAUUCAGAUGUCUUGUCUGUCUGUUGAACUCCCUUUCCUUAGCACUAACUGACGUGGACUUCUGACUGUAAUAGCAUCUUAUUGUACAGCCUUGUCUGGGGAAUAUUAGUUUUGUAAUAAAAAUGUUUUCAUACGUUU